AUGUUCACAUGCCCUGGCUGCUAGAAAUAUUAUAAUCUCAGUUUAAGAAAGCCAUUGAAACUCCCAUGUAAAGAACAAAUCUGCCUUUAGUGCUAUAAUUUACAAACAGAAUAAGUUUAAAACAUGCAAAUUUAAUGUCCUUCCUGUAUGAAUCUCAGCGAUAAAAAUCAGCCAAUUAAUGAAUACAGGUUACUAAUCAUAUAUUUCUUCUUGAUAGUAGCUUUGAUUCUAUUGAUUUAUUUAUUCGGUAUCAUACAGUUCGCUGCAUAAAUACUUAUUGCUGUGGUUGCAAUCUAUAUCAGCAUUUAAUUUUCAUUUACCUAUGUAUGGCGGAAAAUAGGAAAAAGACAAAAAGAUAACUCUAGGGGGAUUAACGCAUCUAAUAACUUGUUGCUUUCAUAUGUAAAAAGUAUUUAAAGUGAUCUAUAUAUUCAAAAUAAUGAGAAAUACUUUCAUCUUGACAUUCAAAAUUAAUCUGCAUAAGAAAUGGAACAUCAGUAAAUAUUAAUUAAAAAAUUAAAAUCCAGUGCAACAAAUAUUGAACUUUUGAAACAAGAAAAAAGAUAAGUUAUUGGGCAAAGUAAAAUUUAUCAAAUCAAUAUUGUUCCAAUAAAAAAAGAACCUUUAAGCUUAUUAGAAGUAUAAACAAGGGAAAAAAUGAAUUAAUUUUCCCUUGCUAAAUACAAGGCCUUUAGAAGAUUAGUUAACGACCAAUUAUUGAAAAUAGAUAAAGAUAAAGUACAUAAUCCGAAACUUUUACCCCUAUCAGUCAAAACAAAACUUCUUUAUAAAGCAACUAGGGACGGAUACAAAGCAUAUGAUUUUCAUAGAUUAUGUGAUAACUAAGGUCCAACGAUUUCAUUUAUUUUAAGCGAGUUGGGCUUUGUCUUUGGAGGAUAUACAUCUCUUGAUUGGAAAUCUACUUAAGUUAUUCAAGGGAAAAAAGAUACGCAUGCAUUUUUGUUUAGCUUGACUCAUUAAACUCUGCACCUACAAAGACCUCCUAUCUAGGAUCAUGCAGUUAUGUACGACUAAGAUUAUUUGAUGAGAUUUAGUGGAGAUAUUGCUAUAGCAAAUGAUUGCAACUUUAUUAAUGAAAGUUAAUGCUAAUUAGGUCUUUCAUAUAAAACUUAAGAAGGACAUUAAUUCGGAGAUGAAUAGGCUUUUAAUUAUUUAGCAGGAAGCUAAAAAUUCAGAAUAAUAGAAAUAGAAGUUUACUCAGCUAUAUGA